AUGGAACAUUGGGUAGCUGUUACGGAGGCGAAGAAGGAGCUCGAGGCUGGGCUCGCUCUGUGCGAGCAGGUCAAGGCAGAGCAGAUUGACGAGUUGGACCUCACGCUGGAGGGCGAGCCUUGCCCCGACCAGGUAGCAGUCCGUGCAGCUGCCGACCCGCCGGUGGCCUAUGAGGAGUACCGUGCCGCGAUCGCUCUGCAGCGGUGCGCGUUGGUGAAGGCUGAGGCGGUGACACGCUCGGCGCUCGGCCGCGCGUACUUCAGCAUGGGCCUCACGACUGUCGCCGUGUUGCAGCUUGAGCGCGCAGUGGCCUUGCGUCGCGAGAGCCUCAAGCUGCGCAGCGUCAUCGGCACGCGCGAGCCCAAUCACGUGUCGUGCCUCGCCGAGGCACACCGUCAGAUCGCCUCGACGCUGAUCAACUUUGGCGGCGUGCGAGCCGCCGUUUCGGAGUACUACCGCGCCGGCGGAGAGAAGGCGGCGCAGACGCGCGCGGUGUUGGGGGAGGCGCUGACAUUUGCACGCAUGAGCGGCGACAUUGGUGCCGAACAAGGCGCCCUCACGCAGUUGGUCAGCUUCCAAGAUCCGAGUGCACCAGCGGACGCCGCGACGGCUCUCAAGGAUCUGCUCGCGCGCACCGGCCGCGACGUCGACCCGUGCUGCAUCGUGUGCUAUGAAGAGCUCGGCGACACCAGCCUGCACGCGCUCAACUGCGGGCACGUGAUGCACAAGGAGUGCGUAGAAAACUGGCGACAGCAUUCAAACUGGUGCCCGCAGUGUAAAAGGGGAAUGUCCGGAUAG